ACCGCCUCUACCAUUUGCUCAAAGUCCCACACGCAGUCACACGCUUGAUAUAUAAACUCAGUACUUCAUCUUUCUCUGCUGUAUUUACUUCCCAAUAACAAAGUGGAGAGCAGUGGGAGAAGGGAUUAGGCUAAUUUUUCUCAUAUUCCACUCUCUAUUUUGUUUCUUUAUUGUUUUCAGUUCUUGAUAAAAUGGUAGGAAAAGCUGUAAUUUCUGACGACGAAGAUGAGGUUGGAAUCGAGGAAGAAGAGAGGGAUGAAGAGCCCGAGGACGGGGAGAGAAUAGGCCGCGGCCACGACGACGAUGAGGAGGACGAAGAUGAAGAGGAAGGUCAGGAUGAGUAUGAGGAUGAUGGGUUUAUAGUUAGCGAUGUUGAAGAAGAGCAGGAAGAGGAGGAAGACGAUAGGGCUGAUGAUGGUGCGGAGAGACAAAAGAAGAAGAAACGCAAGAAAAGGGAGUCAGAGAGGAAUUAUGUUCUUGACGAAGAUGACUAUGAGCUCCUUCAAGAGAGCAAUAUUACGGUUCCUCGACCAAAGCUUGAGAGCAAGAAGUUCAAGCGACUGAAGAAAGCACAGAGGGACACAGCAGAAGAGCAUUCUGGGUUUUCCGAUGGGGAAGAGUUUGAUGAGACAGGGAGGAGGGGAAGAACUGCUGAAGAAAAGCUCAAACGCAGCUUGUUUGGUGAUGAUGAUGGACAACCGCUUGAGGAUAUUGCUGAAGAGGAGCAACUGGAAGAGGAGGAUGAGGCAGAUAUGGGUGAGGAGGAUGAGAUGGCUGAUUUUAUUGUUGAUGAGGAAGACAGCUAUGAUGAACAUGGAGCGCCCGUGAGAAGGAAGAAGGUUAACAAAAAGAAGGCCCGGCAGGCACCAGGAGUUUCAUCAACUGCUCUCCAGGAGGCACAUGAAAUUUUUGGUGAUGUUGAGGAGCUCUUGAGGCUUCGCAAGCAAGGUUUGGUAAAGAUGAGCAGGCAUGAUGAUUCUGGUGAGUGGAAGGAGCGAAGGCUGGAAGAUGAAUUUGAGCCUAUCAUCCUGUCUGAGAAGUAUAUGACCGAGAAAGAUGACCGGAUACGUGAAAUAGAUAUCCCUGAAAGAAUGCAGGUAUCAGAGGAAAGCACUGGUCCUCCUCCCACAGAUGAGGUAGAUGAUGAGAGUUCGUGGAUACUUAAUCAGCUUGGUAAUGGUGUGUUACCUCUGUCUAUGAAAGGACGAACAGAUACGAAUGAGGCUUCUAACGAGCCCCCAAUAGACAAGAAUCACAUUACAAGAUUCUUGGAGUUGAUGCAUGUCCAGAAAUUAGAUGUUCCAUUCAUUGCUAUGUAUAGGAAGGAGGAAUGCUUGAGCCUACUGAAGGAUCCAGAGCAGCCUGAAUCAGACAAUGAUGACCAGAAUAAUUCUGACAAAAAACCUAGCCUGAGGUGGCACAAGCAGAUGCUUUGGGCCAUCCAAGACUUGGACAAAAAAUGGCUGCUUCUUCAGAAGCGGAAGAGUGCUCUAGAAUCAUACUAUAGUAGACGGUAUGAUGAAGAAUCUCGUAGAGUAUACGAUGAAACUCGAUUAAAUUUAAACCAGCAGCUUUUUGAAUCAAUUACCAAAGCGCUCAAGGCAGCAGAGUCAGACCGAGAGGUUGAUGAUGUUGACUCAAAAUUUAACCUGCAUUUUCCAGCGGGUGAAGUUGGUGCAGAUGAAGGACAAUAUAAGAGGCCAAAGAGGAAAUCACAAUAUAGUAUAUGCAGUAAAGCUGGUCUAUGGGAGGUUGCAAACAAGUUUGGCUACAGCUCUGAGCAAUUUGGGUUGCAGAUAUCUCUGCAAAAUAUGAGAAUGGAGGAAUUGGAAGAUGCCAAAGAAUCACCAGAGGAAGUUGCCUCAAACUUUACAUGUGCAAUGUUUGAAACACCUCAAGCAGUGCUAAAAGGUGCUAGGCACAUGGCAGCAGUUGAGAUUAGCUGCGAACCAUGUGUUCGGAAACAUGUGCGUAGUGUCUUUAUGGAUAAUGCUACCGUGACGACAACUCCUACUGCCGAUGGCAAUGCAGCUAUUGAUUCUUUUCAUCAGUUUGCUGGAGUGAAGUGGUUAAAGGAUAAGCCACUUACUAGAUUUGAUGAUGCACAGUGGCUUCUUAUUCAGAAGGCUGAGGAGGAGAAGCUGCUACAAGUUACUAUCAAGCUGCCUCAAGCAGUUCUUAACAAGUUGAUUAGCGACUCUAAUGAUUAUUAUCUUAGUGACAGUGUGAGUAAAUCUGCUCAAUUGUGGAAUGAGCAGAGGAAGCUGAUAAUUCAGGAUGCCUUUUUCAAUUUUCUUCUCCCUUCAAUGGAGAAGGAAGCCAGGUCUUGGUUGACCAGUAGAGCGAAAAGUUGGUUGUCUAUGGAAUAUGGAAGGCUCUUGUGGGACAGAGUUUCUGUGGCGCCAUAUCAGCGUAAAGAAAGUGACAGCACAGAUGAAGAAACUGCCCCCCGGGUUAUGGCUUGCUGUUGGGGUCCUGGAAAGCCUGCCACAACUUUUGUGAUGUUGGAUUCAUCUGGAGAGGUUAUAGAUGUUUUAUAUGCAGGAUCUCUCAGUCUUCGUGGUCAAAACAUCAAUGAUCAACAGAAGAAGAAAAAUGAUCAGCAGCGGGUUCUAAAAUUUAUGAUGGACCACCAACCGCAUGUUGUUGUUCUUGGAGCUGUGAAUUUGUCCUGUACAAGAUUAAAGGAGGAUAUAUACGAGAUAAUCUUUAAAAUGGUAGAGGAGAACCCGAGAGAGGUUGGUCACGAGAUGGAUAACUUGAAUAUUGUGUAUGGUGAUGAAUCUCUACCACAUCUGUAUGAGAAUUCCCGUAUCUCAGCUGACCAGCUUCCUGGGCAGUCAGGUAUUGUCAAGCGGGCUGUGGCUCUUGGGCGCUAUCUUCAGAAUCCAUUAGCUAUGGUUGCUACGCUAUGUGGACCAGGAAGAGAGAUAUUGUCUUGGAAACUUGGUCCUUUCGAGAGCUAUCUUACUCCUGAUGAGAAGUAUGCUAUGGUUGAACAGGUCAUGGUUGAUGUGACUAAUCAAGUGGGUCUUGAUGUGAAUUUGGCUGCUAGCCAUGAAUGGUUGUUUUCUCCUCUGCAAUUCAUAUCUGGUCUUGGGCCGCGGAAGGCCGCAUCUCUUCAAAGAUCUUUAGUAAGAGCUGGAGCUAUCUUCACCAGGAAGGACCUUUUGACUGCACAUGGGCUUGGUAAAAAGGUGUUUGUCAAUGCUGUAGGUUUCCUCCGUGUAAGACGCAGUGGAUUGGCUGCUAGCAGUAGUCAAUUUAUUGAUUUAUUGGAUGAUACAAGAAUACAUCCCGAAUCCUAUGGUCUUGCACAGGAGUUGGCAAAAGAUGUUUAUAAAAUGGAUGUAGGAGAUGACAUAAAUGAUGAUGAUGAGAUGCUGGAGAUGGCUAUAGAGCAUGUCAGGGAGAAGCCUCAUCUGCUAAGAGCUGUCCAUUCAUCUGAAUAUGUUGCCGAGAAGGGUUUGACCAAGAAAGAGACCCUUAAUGGCAUAAGAUUGGAAUUGAUGCAAGGCUUUCAGGAUUGCCGCAGACCUUAUGUAGAACCAAGUCAGGAUGAGGAGUUUUACAUGAUUUCUGGAGAGACUGAGGAAACACUUUCUGAAGGGAGAAUUGUGCAAGCAACAGCUCGCAGAGUUCAACCUCAGAGGGCGACUUGUGUUCUUGAUUCUGGAUUGACGGGCAUGUUGACAAAGGAGGACUACACAGAUGACUGGAGGGGUUUUGAUGAUUUGACUGAGAAGUUGCGGGAAGGUGAUAUUUUAACUUGCAGAAUCAAGUCAAUUCAAAAGAAUAGGUAUCAGGUCUUUUUAACUUGUAGAGAGAGUGAAAUGAGAAGUAACCGGUAUCAAAGCUAUCGAGAAAUGGAUCCAUACUACCAUGAAGACCGCAGUAGUUUACAGACUGAGCAGGAAAAGGUUCGUAAGGAGAAGGAGCUAGCGAAGAAGCAUUUUAAACCAAGGAUGAUUGUUCAUCCUCGUUUCCAGAAUAUCACAGCAGAUGAGGCAAUGGAGUUUUUGUCUGACAAGGAUCCCGGCGAAAGUAUUGUCCGUCCUAGUUCUCGUGGACCCUCAUAUUUGACCCUCACACUCAAAGUCUAUGAUGGCGUUUUUGCACACAAGGACAUAGUUGAAGGCGGAAAGGAGCACAAGGAUAUAACAAGUUUGCUUAGGAUAGGGAAAACAUUAAAAAUUGGAGAGGACACAUUUGAGGAUUUGGAUGAGGUAAGAAUCUGGAAUCAUAUUAUGUUGAGCUGUUAAUUUUAUGGAUUGUCAUGUGACGCACACUGUCCAGUCUUCCCACAAUUGGCCCAAAGGGGGUAGUGAAUGCAAAUUUUAUUAAUUUAUUUUGGACCCUAGUAACCACAGUUUCAUCCCCGUUGUUUGUGCAGUUUUUAUAUAG